UGAAGUGAAAAUGGUUAUUGCUUUUUUCGUAUUCCGUGCUAAUUGUCUCUUUAUCUCGUUGGGAGCUUUCGCACUCAAUAAGCAUAUGGUGGUGGAGGCGCUGUCUGCAAAUAUUGAUUGGCUCAUGAAGCGCUUUCUCCGUGACUGGGCGCUAAAGGCACACCUGCUGCAGCCCAAUCACAGCUCUGCGCCUUGCAACACGUACGAUUAUGCCCAGCCGUCUUGCGGUUUCGCCGUCUCGCCGGGGUCUACCCCAUACUGUUAGCGCUUAAUCUGGUAUUCUGAUUUGCUCAGCCGGCCUUAAAUGCUGGAAAAUGGGCAGAAGUGGGAACAGG